UGGCAACCCUAGUUCCGAACAACACCCGGUAACGAGCAAUAAUUACGCACUACCCACGUUUGGCUGAAUUUAUUUAAACAAUAAAGGAGUAGGGGACUACAUUUUCAGAAGUCUUUUUGUAUAUUUUUUUAUUUAACAACAAAAAAAGGAAAUCACGUGCCAUGGCCGACCAACAGAAGCCGAAUGAUGACUUAAAUGAAUUGUUGGAUAAUGCUUUGCAAGACUUUGGAAAGGAUGAUCAAAAGGCCACAAAUGGAGGCUCAUCCAACGGUACAAAUUCAGAAGCACAAGAGGCAGAGGGUGCAGAUUCUGAAGAAUUCUUUUUAGAACAAGCCAAAUUAUUGGCAGAACGAAUGAAUACGUUGUUUGGUGGACCUGACACACCUUCCGGAGAUGUGCCACCAAUGCCACAAGACCCUGAACAAAUCAUGGCAGGUUUUAAGAAAAUGGCCGAAGCCGCUGCUAUGACGUUACAAGGUGAAAAUUCAGCCAGCGAUGAAGAAGUUGCCAAAUAUUCGGAUAGCAUAGCACAGGCGUUGAAGGGACUGCAAGAAGGAACAGACAAUUUAGCUGCGCCUGUCUCAGAAACAGAUGUAGCAAAUAUGUUUGGCAGUUUGAGCUUGGAAAAUGCUGGUGCUGAUGAUGGUAAUAUGUUUUUGCCAUUCAUGGAGGGCAUGAUGCAAUCGUUGCUCUCUGCUGAAAUUCUUUUGCCCAGCAUCAAAGAACUAUUAGAAAAAUAUCCAAAAUAUUUGGAAGAGAAUGGCAGUAAAUUAUCAGCCGAAGACAAGGAUCGCUAUGAGAAGCAAUUGGAAUUAUAUAAAGUAAUCGAAAGUCAUCUGGAAAACGAAAAUCCCAAUGAUUCGGCCAAAGAAAAACGUGACAAAUUCAAAGUUGUAUUGGAGGACAUGCGUAAACUGCAAGAAUACGGCCAACCCCCGGAAGAAAUCUUAGCAGAAACUGCUGGAGAUUUACCUAUGUUAGAUCCCGCCGCAGCAGGUGCGGUAGCCGGAAAUCCCCAGUGCCCCAUGAUGUAGCAUUUUUAUUAGUUUUUAUUAAUUGCAAUAUAUUUAUUUUCAAACCAAUUGUUAUUUUAAGUUUCGUAUUUUCAAAUGCAGCGUGCUAUUAUAGGUUAUAUUCAAUCAUUUUAGCACGGUCUCUGGUUUUUUUGGAUUUGAUAUCUAUUUUUAUUAAUAUUUUGUUGGUUUUGGAUAAAAUAAAUCUUUCCUAAUUUCAACGA